ACCCUACCCCGCGCGCUCUAGGACCCGGCGGCGUCGCCCAACAGCUCCGGCGUGGGCGGGGCCCGGCAUUGUGACGCCGCGGGGCGGGCUUUCCCGGCGACCGAGCGGACGGACGCUGAGACGCGCGCGGGCCCAGAGGCCGCAGGAGCGCGAGGAGCUGCGAUGAGCAGGCGGCCGGUGGCCCGCGGGGCACGGAGCUGGUGACAGCCUCGGCCAGGCGGGCGCUGCGAUGGAGGCCGAGGGCCUGGACUGGCUUCUGGUGCCACUGCACCAGUUGGUGUCCUGGGGCGCGGCCGCAGCCAUGGUCUUCGGAGGGGUGGUGCCCUACGUCCCGCAGUACCGGGACAUCCGCAGGACGCAGAACGCCGACGGGUUCUCCACCUACGUGUGCCUGGUGCUGCUGGUGGCCAACAUUUUGCGGAUACUCUUCUGGUUUGGAAGGCGCUUUGAGUCCCCACUGCUGUGGCAGAGCGCCAUCAUGAUCCUGACCAUGCUGCUGAUGCUGAAACUGUGCACUGAGGUCCGUGUGGCCAACGAGCUCAACGCCAGGCGCCGCUCCUUUGCAGCUGCAGAUAGCAAGGAUGAAGAAGUCAAGGUCGCCCCCAGGCGGUCCUUCCUGGAUCUGGAGUCUCCAUGUCCACGAGGUGUCUCCUGUGUCCUCCGACUUCUCCAGACUGAACUUAGAGAUCUCAUUUCCCACUGUCUGAGCCACCCCAGACUUCGACCCCCACCACUUCUGGCAGUGGAGCAGCUUCUGGGACUAUGUGCAGUGCGUCCUGGCCUUCACGGGCGUGGCAGGCUACAUCACCUACCUGUCCAUCGACUCCACCCUGUUUGUGGAGACCCUGGGCUUCCUGGCCGUGCUGACCGAAGCCAUGCUGGGCGUGCCGCAGCUUUACCGCAACCACCGCCACCAGUCCACGGAGGGCAUGAGCAUCAAGAUGGUGCUCAUGUGGACCAGUGGCGACGCCUUCAAGACGGCCUACUUCCUGCUGAAGGGCGCACCUCUGCAGUUCUCCGUGUGUGGCCUGCUGCAGGUGCUGGUGGACCUGGCCAUCCUGGGGCAGGCCUACGCCUUUGCCCGCCACCCCCAGAAGCCGGCGCUGCACGCUGUGCACCCUGCUGGCACCAAGGCCCUCUGAGAGUGAGGAGGACAAGGAUGUGGGCCAGCCAGCCACAGGCACUGGUGGGUGCUGUGGCUGCUGCAGGUGUGGGCAAGACGGGGUCCAGGUGUUGGGGUCUCCAGCCUCUGUGGGAUCUCUCUGGGUGGGCGGUGGGGGUGGGACAGCCAGGGUGGAUCUGAGCCCAAGGGUUUCGGAUGUUUUUAGGGUGAUAUAAAAAGCAAGUGUUUUUCCCGUUUCCUCUUACGAAACACCGUCUGAGCCCGAGGUACACACAGGGCAGCGGAAGGCGGCCUGCGGGAACCUGCUCCAGGUGGACCCAUGGGCCAGCAGCCGCAAACCUUGAAGCUGGGGUGACCUCAGGAGACCCUGCAAGUCCUGUGAGCGGAGCCAUUGACCCCGCGAGACCCUGGCCAGACACCCUGCUUGGACUGGGGUGGCCUCUGCUGCCCAGGGGUCUGGCACCGGGGAGGGCCGGGGCUUUCUCUGCCUGGUACAUGUGGAAAGGCGGCUGUGUGGACGCAGGGUCACUGUGCUCCUGGUUUUCUGGCAGUUGGUGUUUCCUGGGCCUUGAGAGCGGCUACCAGGCCUGGACGCCGCGGGGCUAUGCUGUGUCCAGCCCUGCUGAGCAUCACCAGGCGUAGCUCACGCUGCUCUUGUUAGAGCCUCUGGUCCUCAAGUCCUUGGGGACGUGGCAGAUGCCAGCGACCAUCAGACAACGUGGAGGCCCUCAUGGGCGAAGGCUGCGGGGGCCGUGCCGAGGCUGUGCACACGCAGCCUGCACGCCACCCUUGGGCUCCACUGGCAGAGAUCCCCUUCCUUCUGGACGCUGACUACACUUCCGGAUACAGCGUUGAUGUCCAUUUUCCAGGAGAGGCGGCCACGGGUCCAGGGAGUGGAGGGGCUGCCCCUGCCACGCAGGUCCUGGCCGAUGGCCCCUCACCCUGCCGUCCUGGGCUUUUGGCCUGAAGCAAAUUCCUGAGGGGGAGUGCCGGGGCCUACCCCCUUGUGCUGGCUCCCACAGUUUCGCUACAGUGGGAGCUGCCAGUCUGACCCUUGUCACCCCACGCUCUGCCCCCACCCCGUUUUCAGUUUAGCACGAGGUCACACUGUGUCAGCAGCCCUGCACUGACUGCAGCCGGCCCCCAGUCCUCAGAGUUCUGGAUGCUUCUGUGCGGCUCCAACAGGCAUCGUCUUCCCUUCCGCGGGCGGAGGGGCCGGUUCCCGCAGGCACCUGAGCUCUACACUGGGGCCGUGGCUGUGGCCAUGAGAAGAUGUUCCACGCUGCUGCCUUCUGAGUUUCCCUCGGAAACACUCUUGAAUGUCUGAGUGAGGGUCCUGUUUAGCUCUUUGGCCUGUGAGAUGCUUUGAAAAUUUUUAUUUUUUUAAGAUGAAGCAAGAUGUCUGUAGCGGUAAUUGCCUCACAUUAAAAUGUCACCGAUUGCAGGCGCGGUGACUGCUGAAUGUAUCCCGUGUGGUGACUUGGAAUCAAUAAACCAUUUGUGGAUCC